UGAAUUUAUCAUCUAAUUAAAAAUAUAAUAAUGAUAAUAAUAAUGAUAGUAUAACAGUAGUAUCUACAAUAUCUAAAAAUAAAUAAAGAAAUUAAAAAAAAUAAAUAAAAAGGACAAAGCCCACAGGGUGAAGCUUUUAGAUCUCUCCAACAGUAAUAGGACGUAAUGCAGUCCCACUGCUUGUUUGUUGACAGUUUGCUCAGCCCAAAAAAUGCCACACAAAAAUCCACCCACCAGAGGCCCCACUUACCGAAAAAACCUCUUAGUGCGCUUCUUAAGUGAAAAUUUAGCCUUAAACUGUUCUUAUAUAAUGUUUAUAAUGGAUGAGCAGGGCCAUCUAAGGACAUGGGGUUGUGUAAAUUUCAAGCAAAAAACAGAAAGCACACUAAAGCAGUCUAUUAUUUACAGUGGACAAGUAUUAGAGGCAGACUGGGAAACAUCAGAGGAAAAACAAGUCAGUGCUGAUGGUAACAUGACAAAAAGGAGGGAAGGGCGAGUUGUGAACAAAUGAAUAAAAUAAUAGCUUGUUUCUCAGCUCAUUCUUUCUCUCCCUCUCUUUCCUCUUUCUCUCCCGGGACAAUUGAGGUGGCAGAAAUUGGUGACGAACAACAACAACCUCUGCGUUCUGAUUGGCUCGUUCUCCUCUCAAUGUGACCUGUUAAAUUCAUCCAUUACUGCACCGUAGCUCAGCCUCACCCCCCCUCCUCCUCCUCCUCUUUCUCUCUCUCUCCGCCUUUAUCACUUCCCUCCUCCACUAGUUCUGCCUGGUGAGUGUGUGGAGGGAAAGAGGAUUAACACACACACACACACACACACACCGAGCCAUGUGGGCUGAAGCGCUCACCUACACGAGACUGCGAGACGGGAAUGCUCAUUCUGCCACAUCAGUCCGGUUUGAAGGAUUUGGGAACGCGUUUCAAGAAGAUUUAUUGAAUCAUAUUAAGGGAACUUUCUUUCAUAAUUUUUGAUUUUCUGAUUUUUAUUGGCUGGCUGGCUUUUGUUUCAUUUUUUUUGUUAUGAACUGGAAUUGCACCAUGCAGCCCCAUCAGUAUGCAAGGCUAAUCUGAUUGGCUGAUCUUUGUGCUGCUAAGACAGCGGGAUUGGUCGUGUGUUGGCCCCUCGGUUUGGGAUGUUGUUCUCAGAUGGAGCUUUGAAAUGAAUUGAGCGUCCAGUUGUUGUACUUAUUCCUAUUGUGCUGAGCAUUGUUUGUCAUUUUUAACACAAUCUUUAGAAGAGUAUUUCCUUUUUGUUUUUUUUAUUGCUCUGCAGUCUGAUUGGCUGACUGUAUUUAUUUAUGGGAUUAAGGUCUCACAGCUAGUGUUUGAUUUAAACCUCCAGUGUGACUUAAAUUCACACUAAAAGUACAGAUCCCACAAUGCCGAGCCAAGAGUCGUAUGUCGUUAAAAGAGGUAAAAAGCAAUCCCGCAAACGAGCCAAGAAGGACUCAGGUCAGAAGGGCUCUUUGUUUACCGCAGCUCUUGGUUUGAAUGUCACCCCCUCUAAACCCACCUCCCCUGCUUCCACCUUCUGGCAACCAAUCAGAUCUUUUGCCCUUUCGCAGCUUACAUCGCUGGUGCGGCGGGCCACCCUGAGGGAGAGCGACUUGGCGCCCAAGUAUGAGAAGGUCCACAACUUCAAGGUUCAUACAUUCAGAGGCCCCCACUGGUGUGAGUACUGUGCCAACUUCAUGUGGGGUCUCAUCGCUCAGGGAGUCAAGUGUGCAGACUGUGGGUUGAACGUCCACAAGCAGUGCUCCAAAGUCGUGCCCAACGACUGCCAGCCAGACCUGCGGCACGUCAAGAAGGUAUACAGCUGCGACUUGACCACGCUGGUCAAAGCCCACAACACCAAGAGGCCCAUGGUGGUUGACAUGUGCAUACAGGAAAUCGAGGCUAGAGGUCUCCAGUCAGAGGGUUUGUACAGAAUAUCAGGCUUCAGUGAGUUGAUUGAAGAUGUCAAGCUGGCCUUUGACAGAGAUGGAGAGAAGGCGGACAUUUCCUCUAAUGCCUACGAGGACCUCAACAUCAUCACCGGAGCCCUCAAACUCUACUUCAGAGAGCUGCCUAUUCCCCUCAUCACAUAUGACGCCUACCCACGCUUCAUAGAAACAGCAAAGAUAGCAGACCCAGAAAAACGUCUGGAGGCUCUUCACGAGGCGCUGAAGCUGCUGCCGCCAGCUCACUGCGAGACACUGCGAUACCUCAUGGCUCACCUCAAGAGAGUGACGGACUACGAAAAGGAGAACCUCAUGUCCAGCGAGAACUUGGGUAUAGUCUUCGGCCCGACACUGAUGAGGGCCCCCGGGCUAGACGCCAUGACAGCGCUCAACGACAUCCGAUACCAGAGACUCGUGGUGGAAACUCUCAUUACCAACGAAGACGUGUUGUUCUGAGAGGAAGGGAGGGGAGAACGAUUCUUUCAACUUGGAGAAGAAAGACAUACAGAUCGGGAAGUCCUCCUGUGAAAAGAAAACUUUUAACAAGAACAUGAAGAAACAUGCAAGACAUCUGGAACUUGUGUCUUGAUAGAAACGACAUCGAGGAGUGGAAGGAGGGAUCAACGAAGGAAGCAACUAUUUGCAAACAGUGGAGAAGAAGUCAAAGGAAGGAUGCAGUGUUUCCCUACAUUUUUACACUCAAUCACACACCUGAGGCUUCCACAGAAGAUCCAAAUGUGUUGAUUUAGGACAAUAUUCCAGCCUUGUUAGAAAUAAACAAUUAGGAUCUUUUUUGAUGAGCUGGAAGAAAAGAGAAUAUGUUCUCUAUCAUGGCGAGAAGAUAGCAACAGCAUUGGAACAACACUACUUUGUCUGUGUAAGGGAAACACUGAGUGAUCCAUGUAUAUGUUUAAAUUGUUCUUAAAUUGAUGCCUUGACGUUUUUGAGUUUUCCUCACCAGACACCAGAAAUCAGCUAGCUAAAAAACCUUGGGUCAUUAACAUUCACCACAAAAACCAAAUGAGCCACACACUUCUAAACAAGUGUCAAAGUUCGGUCUAAAAGGCAAUAACGCUCCAUGUUUUCCUCAAACUCUGGUGGUAAGAGAUCCGUUUGUUUGCUUUGUUUUCCAUUGUGUCAAGAUAUCCCUUUAAGAAGCAUUGACUCCAUACCUGUAGACAGCUGGAUGAAUGAAUGAAUGGAAAAAGGGAACCGCUCACCCAUAAUGCGCACUCAUUCCUCUGAAUGGAACUUAAGUGACUUGGACCUAAUGUGUUUUCAUUCCUCUUUAAAAACUCUUUACUUUACAGCUCCCUCUUCUUUUCCAUCGACUGAAAUGUAAUUACAAAGUCAUUUUACACUAAGUAGUUUUUUAGUUGUUAACAUAGAAAUGCAGACUUACCAUUUUUUGUGUCAAAUUAUGAGCCUCUGUUUAAGAGUUGUUGCUGGAUAAUUAUGUUAUAACUGAUGGAGCUGUACACUAAAUGGUUUAUCUUUUUUUCUCACUGUCCCUGAAGUAAUCCUGUGUUUGCUCUCUUCGCCUCUAAAGUGAAAAAUAACGCUAUUUUGUAUUUAAAUGAAAGCUUUGGGAACAUUUCUGCAGCAAGCACACAUAAUUUUUCUCAAUAUUUAGACUUUCUAGUUCUCCAUCAGGCCUUUAAAGGGUAAUUACAAUAUUUUUCAACCUGGACUCUAUUAUCCUUUGUUUUUGUGUCUAAGUGAGAAAUGGGAACAAUGUUUUUUUAACUGGUCCAGUACUGAGGGAGAGCAAUGCAGGCAGCAGUGACGAAACAGGCUGCAAUGUAAUCAUUUGGGGCAUUUGUACACCGUCACUUUACAUCCACUACAAGUACUUGUUUUUGCCACUGACAGGCUCAAAUUGUUGGUAGGUAUCUGACAACAUAAUGGAAAGGAUCCCCACAUAGACUCGAUAGACCUUUUUGUUUAACCACUAACAGUUUUAAAAAAAACAUUGCCAAACCAACCAGACUUCAUUUAAAUAACAGUCAUUGUAGCAUGUAGAGAGCCAGCAUGUUUUCACAUCUAACUGGGUGAAUUAUGUGUUUAUCUCAACCAAGCCUGAGGUGGGGAUUGUUGGAACAGCGGAAAGAUGAACCAAGAUGGUUUUCAUGAGUUUUAUUUUGUUUCUGUCAACUUUAGAUUUUGUUAUACAAUGUUAAAAUUACUGUUUAUUUCAGUGGAGUCUGGUGGGUUUGGUGACGGUGAUUUCAGGGCUGUUUCUAGUUGAACAAAAAGGAUCUUUUUCUUUAACAUAAAGAUUUAUCUGUGUAGGGAUCCUUUCCAUAGUGCUGUGAGAUACUUAUGAUAAUAAUCUGAGUCUGUCAGUGGCAAAAACAAGCUCUUUCAGUGGACGUAAAUUGACGUUGCACAGUUGCUCAUUUGUAUUAUGUUGCACUCGGUUCCUCUGCUGCAGCGUUAUAAAUAGCUCAAUACUGGACCAAUUAAAAAAAUUAUUGUUCCCAUUAGUCACUUAGACAUAAAACAUGAGAAAAUAGGGUCCAGGUUAAAAAGUACCAGAGUUACCCUUUAAAUAAGCACACUGUCUGCGCAGAACACUAAUCCAUUGGCAGAUAGUAAAGAGAGGAACACAUAACAGACUUGAAACACAAAUAUGUGAACCAGUGCUUCAUGAUGUUUUUGUUUUGCCUAGGUCAUUUGUAUAAAGCAGUAUUGUAAUUAAGCAGUGUUAACAAGCAGAUGUGCUCCAAAUACUAAUUGAAAUUCUUGAUCGCUUUCCUGGAUGCAAUUCAACAGAUUGAAAUCAUAAUGUUGAGGCUUUAUCGACUUUAUAGGCCUGAGAGGGAUAAUUCACUUCGGUACCGAGAUGGGUUUUGAGCACCAAAUUAUUUGAAAUUUUAAUAUCCCAAAAAUCAAAGCAAAGGAGCUCUAUAAAACAGAAGCUCAUAAUGUUAAUUACUCCAUAUUCACUAUUAAAGCUGUAUUGGCGCUUCCCUCUCUUGAUGUGCUGGUUGACAAUGAGGCUGUAUUGUGACUCCACUGACAUGUUCGGAAAGAUGAUACAACUGUGAAAUUGUUAGAAAUAAUAUUGCUUCGACAUAAGUAAAGGCCAGUUUGGAUCAUUUUUAUUUAUUUCUUUUCUUUUUACAGACAGAGACAAAAUGAGAUUUUACUGAAAUACAAGUGUAAUCAAAUGCCACACUGAGUUUCUUCCAGAUAUGUGAAGAUGAGCUGCUGGUGAAACAUUGCAAAGGUUUGCUGUAAUGUUUUGACCGCGCUCGGAUGAAAUGAAAGCAGUAUUAGUUGUGGGAUGAUGUCCCUAAUCAUCUGUAAUACGAAGGAGUGUAUUUGCCAUGACUUCUUGUUUUUUAACUAGUGCCAUUUGAAAAGGGUGGAGGUGUAAAAGUGGAUGCCUUCUGCAUGUAACCCUCACCUCAGCCAACACUCCAAGCCCCCCUUUUCAUUCAUGUCUACCCCCAUUUCUGUCGGGGGUCACUGAUGACAUACUCCUAGUGUGCUUCAUUUGCAAAGCAGUGAUGAACCACCAGACACCAAGACCCAUUUUACACAGCAAAGACCGAGUUAGGGUUGUAAAGAUCAAGCGCGCUCAUCCUUUGCUGGGUGCAGAAUGGAUGUAACAUAAACGUAACAUCAACCUUUUUCUAACAAAUCUUGAUUUUUCAUGUUUUUCAUUUUAACUGUUUUGUUGACUUUUUGUUGUACUAACUACCAUCAGCCUAACCCGAUGAUAACGUGAGCCUUCAGUGAUCUGUGACACUUUUUUUUUUUUUUUUUGCAUCAUGAAAUGUUUUGUUUUUGUUUGUUUUUUUAAAUUGUCAUUGCUGUAAAGUAUUUUCUAUAUGGUUUAUGCAUGGUGAAAUUAAAUUAUUAAAUAUGGCUCUCAGCUGGUUCAUGUCUGAAUUUUGUUCAGAGCUUACUCUCCAGGCGUCAAAUGGAAACAGGCAAGUUUUCUA